AUGUCGAUCAGAAAUUGCCGGACGUUUCCGGCUCCUCAUAAUUUUCAUUAUUGUGUGGAUGAUAGCAGUAGCAUUGUAUGUAUCCGAAUUACUUCUGCUGCAGUCAUUCUUCGUGACACAACUGCAGUCCGGACCAACAAUUUUCUUUUGCGGGCACUGAAUAGCUGCGCCAAAUCGAGUGCAUAUUCGGCAACUACAAGCAAAAAAUGA